CCCAACGGCAGCCGGGUCCUAGUGCCCACUAGAUACGGGGGGCCGGGACUCGGAGCUGUGGGUUGUGGGGAGGCGGAGGCACCAACUAAGAGCAACCUGGCAUCGCGAAGCCGCCCUCGGGGCGCUGAUGGCCCGACGCCUCCUGGGAAGGGCUUUAGCUGCAGUGUCUCUCUCUGUGGCCUUGGCCUCUGUGACUGUCAAGUCCCCUGGCUGCCGCCGCAUCCCUGCGUUCAGAAACUCGUUUUCAUCUUGUUGGUUUCAUCUUAAUACCAACGUCAUGUCUGGUUCUAAUGGUUCCAAAGAGAAUUCCCACAAUAAGGCUCGGACGUCUCCUUACCCAGGUUCAAAAGUUGAACGAAGCCAGGUUCCUAAUGAGAAAGUGGGCUGGCUUGUUGAGUGGCAGGACUAUAACCCUGUGGAAUACACUGCAGUCUCUGUCUUGGCUGGACCCAGGUGGGCAGAUCCUCAGAUCAGUGAAAGUAAUUUUUCUCCCAAGUUUAAUGAAAAGGAUGGGCAUGUUGAGAGAAAGAGCAAGAAUGGCCUGUAUGAGAUUGAAAAUGGAAGACCAAGAAAUCCUGCAGGACGGACUGGACUGGUUGGCCGGGGGCUUUUGGGACGAUGGGGCCCAAAUCAUGCUGCAGAUCCCAUUAUAACCAGAUGGAAAAAGGAUAGCAGUGGAAAUAAAAUCAUGCAUCCUGUUUCUGGGAAACACAUCUUACAGUUUGUUGCAAUAAAAAGGAAAGACUGUGGAGAAUGGGCAAUCCCAGGGGGGAUGGUGGAUCCAGGAGAAAAGAUUAGUGCCACACUGAAAAGAGAAUUUGGUGAGGAAGCUCUCAACUCCUUACAGAAAACCAGCGCUGAAAAGAGAGAAAUAGAGGAAAAGUUGCACAAACUCUUCAGCCAAGACCACCUACUGAUAUAUAAGGGAUAUGUUGAUGAUCCUCGAAACACCGAUAAUGCAUGGAUGGAGACAGAAGCUGUGAACUACCAUGACGAAACAGGUGAGAUAAUGGAUAAUCUUACGCUAGAAGCUGGAGAUGAUGCUGGAAAAGUGAAAUGGGUGGACAUCAGUGAUAAACUGAAGCUUUAUGCCAGUCAUUUUCAGUUCAUCAAACUUGUGGCUGAGAAACGAGACGCACACUGGAGCGAGGACUCUGAAGCUGACUGCCAUGGGUUGUAGCUGAUGGUCUCCGUGUAAGCCAAAGGCCCACAGAGGAGCGUAUACUGAAAAGAAGGCAGUAUCACAGAAUUUGUACUAUAAAAAGGGUAGGGUAGGCCACUUGGCCUAUUUACUUUCAAAACGAUUUGGAUUUAGAGUGUUUCACAUCAGAAUAAAAUGAGUAAGAUGAACUAGAACACAACAUUUUCAGCUUUUUGGUCAAAAGGAAUAUAAGUAGUCAUAUUUGGUAUGUAUUUAAGCAUGACUUAAAUGAAAUGUAAACAACUAAUGCUCUUUGAAGAAUCAUAAUCAGAAUAAAGAUAAAUUCUUGGUCAGC